CAUUCACAAUCACGAGAAAGCUGUAUGCAGGACCGCCGAGCCAUCUCGACCCUGAGCAAGGGUACGGAUACAGCGCGUGACGUCAUCACACUAGCGUGCAUCUCGAGUGCUACGGCUCGGGGUGACAAAGCAGCAAAACACAGUUGCCUUCGGUCGCCAUUUGCUUCCACAACCAACCGCGAGGCGGCUUUGCAGAUUCUGCAUAUCCAUUUCGAAUACAAUGCAUUUAAUAACACCAGGUUGCACUAUUGCAGCAAAUAUAACUACACUAUCGAAAUCUCCGCCUCGAAUCACAGAUUGAAGGAUAUAGAGGCGCUCUGGACAUCCAGAGAACCAAUAUAAGACACCUGGUAAAACACCAAAACCGCGAUGAGUACAGUUUACAUGGUGCAACCUUCCCCAGGCGAAGGCUUGGGCUGCUUCGCGACCACCGACAUCCAACCCGGCACUCUUAUCCUCAGCGAAACACCCUUAUUCAGCGUCGCAGAGCCGCGAACAAACUCGGCAGUCACAACAGCAUUCGCAAGUCUCGACAGCGCCCAACAACUCCAAUAUCUUACCCUCUACGCCCAGAAUAGCCACGCCAAGCAUGAUGACGCCGCCAGGGUAAUCGACAUAUUCAAUUCCAACGCCUGGCAAACCGGCUCCCGCACAUCCAUCUGCCCUCUCGCCGCGCGCUUCAACCACUCCUGCGUCCCCAAUGCAAGUUUUGCGUGGAAUGCACGGCUGGGCCAAAUCACCAUCUACGCCAUCGUCUCCAUACCAGCCGAUACGCAGAUCAAGCUAAGUUACGAGCGCCCCUACCAAACCACCAGUUCGCGACGUGCCAAACUAUCCGCCUACAGCUUCACUUGUGCCUGUCUCGCAUGCAGUGACGCUUCGUGUUGCAGCGACGUCCGUCGUUCACGCAUGCUGUUGCUGGACGCGCGUAUCCGGACAGGACGGCGCCAGCUGUGGAGAUCACCCGUGCCGAAGGCCGCGUUGGAACUGAUCCGGCUGCUCAAAGAGGAAGGGUUGGUGGGGGAGGCGCUGGGCCUGGCGUAUCAUGAUGCUGCUUUGGGUUGGAAGAGACAUGGGCGGCUGGACUUGGCUGUCGGUUGCGCGAGGAAGGAGUUGGAGGUUGCGGUCAUGUGUUUUGGGGUUGAGAGUUUGGCGGUGGAAGGGAGUAUGGCGUUUUUGGUGGGGUUGAAGGGCGAGGCUGGGAAGAUUGAGAAAGCGCGCUGUACGGCUAAUACGUUGGAAGUGCUCGAGGAAGAUACCGGGUAAGUGAUUCUGGUUUUUUUUAGUAUUGAAGCUUGCUUUGAGUAUGCCGAGUCUUCCAUACUGCAUUCUACCUCCUAGGGUUUGCGGGCCGAUCGUGGUGUACAAGGUGCAGCAUUUACAAACAAGGUCACCAAUGUCUCAACGCUUCACACGUGCGU